AUGGUCAUAGCCUCCGCUACCACUACCCUUAUAAUCUCCAAUGUGACGUCCACAGCCAUUUGCUUGGCUUAUGGCUCUUACUUCAACUCCGGACCAUGUCUGGAAAAUGGGAUGUACAUUUUCAUGUUCCUACUACAUUCCUAUGGAGAGAUUUCGAUUGUUUGCGAAAGAUACGCAUCCGUAUUCUUCCCAACAUUCCGGUUAUCGGAGACCUACAAACUAUGGUUCUCCCUGAUUAUAGUCAUUUGGCUGGUGCUGGUUUUUGUCUACAUGUACAUGAUGAAUGCCUCACAAUCCUCCUUCGCGGUGGUGUUUUCCACAGUCUUCGCAUCUGCUCUUUACCUUUUAUCUUUUCUGCUUGUAAUGUACCUAUUCUGUGCGGCACGUCGUCGAUACUACGAGACACUUGGCAUGGUCUCUUUGACCAGACGCUACAUGCUAUCCGAGAGCUACGAGUUGUGUCGCAGCUCACUUCCCGCCACAAUUUCAAGUCUUGCUAUAAAUAUAGUGUUGUUCAUCUCGUUUUGGUGUCUGCUCUUUGAUAUUAUACCGCAGGAGAGGUGGAAUGAGUUUUUUGUUUUGGCGAAUAUGUUCGUCAAAAUCAACCCGUUCAACCAACAGUUUGAAAUGAAGGAGGAUCAAAACUUCGACGGUGUCCGACAACUCAACGGACACCGUAUCAGUUUCACGCAGACACAGAAUGAAUACUUCGAGCAGUUGCAGUUGUCAUGGUCAUGA